CGCUCUCCCCCGAGCUGGUGCUUGGCCAGAGCCCCAGAGCCCAGGCGUGCAGCCGAGACGACAGUAGCCGCGCGAAGGUCGCCCCGCGCCACCGCCCGCCAGCCCCGCGCCUCCGAGCCGUGCCUCCGUCCUUGCGUCCGUCCGAGCCCCGCCGCAGCACCCCCCCGGCCACCGAGCGCCAUGAACCAGAUCGAGCCCGGCGUGCAGUACAACUAUGUCUACGACGAGGACGAGUACAUGAUCCAGGAGGAGGAAUGGGACCGCGACCUGCUCCUGGACCCCGCCUGGGAGAAGCAGCAGAGGAAGACCUUCACUGCCUGGUGCAAUUCCCACCUGAGGAAAGCUGGCACCCAGAUUGAGAACAUCGAGGAAGACUUCAGGAAUGGCCUUAAGCUCAUGCUGCUUUUGGAAGUCAUCUCAGGGGAAAGGCUGCCCAAACCUGACCGAGGAAAAAUGCGGUUCCACAAAAUUGCUAAUGUCAACAAAGCCUUGGAUUACAUAGCCAGCAAGGGGGUGAAACUGGUGUCCAUCGGGGCUGAAGAAAUUGUUGAUGGCAAUGUGAAAAUGACCCUGGGUAUGAUCUGGACCAUUAUCCUCCGCUUUGCUAUUCAGGAUAUUUCAGUUGAAGAAACAUCUGCCAAAGAAGGUCUGCUGCUUUGGUGUCAGAGGAAAACGGCUCCUUAUAGAAAUGUGAACAUUCAGAACUUCCACACGAGUUGGAAAGAUGGCCUUGGACUCUGUGCCCUCAUCCACAGACACCGGCCUGACCUCAUUGACUACUCAAAGCUUAACAAGGAUGACCCCAUAGGAAAUAUUAACCUGGCCAUGGAAAUCGCAGAGAAGCACCUGGAUAUUCCCAAAAUGUUAGAUGCUGAAGACAUUGUGAACACCCCCAAACCCGACGAAAGAGCCAUCAUGACCUACGUCUCCUGCUUCUACCACGCUUUUGCGGGCGCGGAGCAGGCCGAGACAGCAGCUAACAGGAUAUGUAAGGUUCUUGCUGUGAAUCAAGAGAAUGAGAGGCUGAUGGAAGAAUAUGAGAGGCUAGCGAGUGAGCUUUUGGAAUGGAUUCGUCGCACGAUCCCCUGGCUAGAGAAUCGGACUCCUGAGAAGACCAUGCAAGCCAUGCAGAAGAAGCUAGAGGAUUUCCGGGAUUACCGUCGGAAGCACAAGCCCCCCAAGGUGCAGGAGAAAUGCCAGCUGGAGAUCAACUUCAACACCCUGCAGACCAAGCUGCGGAUCAGCAACCGGCCCGCCUUCAUGCCCUCCGAGGGCAAGAUGGUGUCGGACAUUGCUGGUGCCUGGCAGAGGCUGGAGCAGGCCGAGAAGGGUUACGAGGAGUGGCUGCUCAAUGAGAUCCGGCGGCUGGAGCGCGUGGAGCACCUGGCUGAGAAGUUUAGGCAGAAGGCCUCAACGCACGAGACCUGGGCUUACGGCAAAGAACAAAUCUUGCUGCAGAAGGACUAUGAAUCGGCGUCGCUGACUGAGGUACGGGCCCUGCUGCGCAAGCACGAGGCCUUCGAGAGUGACCUGGCCGCACACCAGGACCGCGUGGAGCAGAUUGCGGCCAUCGCACAGGAGCUCAAUGAACUGGACUACCAUGAUGCUGUGAACAUAAAUGAUCGGUGCCAGAAAAUUUGUGACCAGUGGGACAGAUUGGGAACACUUACUCAGAAGAGGAGAGAGGCCCUGGAGAGAACUGAGAAAUUGCUGGAAACCAUCGAUCAGCUUCACCUGGAGUUUGCCAAGAGAGCUGCUCCUUUCAACAACUGGAUGGAAGGAGCCAUGGAGGAUCUGCAGGACAUGUUCAUUGUCCACAGCAUUGAGGAGAUCCAGAGUUUGAUCACUGCCCACGAGCAGUUCAAGGCCACGCUGCCGGAGGCAGAUGGGGAGAGGCAGUCCAUCACGGCCAUCCAGAACGAGGUGGAGAAGGUGAUUCAGAGCUACAACAUCAGGAUCAGCUCAAGCAACCCGUACAGCACUGUCACCAUGGACGAGCUCCGUUCCAAGUGGGAAAAGGUGAAGCAGUUGGUGCCCAUCCGCGAUCAGUCGCUGCAGGAGGAGCUGGCCCGCCAGCAUGCCAAUGAGCGUCUGCGGCGCCAGUUCGCUGCACAGGCCAACGCCAUUGGGCCCUGGAUCCAGAACAAGAUGGAGGAGAUCGCUCGGAGCUCCGUGCAGAUCACUGGCGCCCUGGAGGACCAGAUGAAUCAGCUGAAGCAAUACGAGCACAACAUCAUUAACUACAAGAGCAACAUCGACAAGCUGGAGGGAGACCAUCAGCUCAUCCAGGAGGCCCUGGUCUUUGACAACAAGCACACCAAUUACACCAUGGAGCACAUUCGCGUUGGGUGGGAGCUGCUGCUCACAACCAUCGCCAGGACCAUCAAUGAGGUGGAGACGCAGAUCCUGACCAGAGACGCGAAGGGCAUCACCCAGGAGCAGAUGAACGAGUUCAGAGCCUCCUUCAACCACUUCGACAGGAGGAAGAAUGGCCUGAUGGAUCAUGAGGAUUUCAGAGCCUGCCUGAUUUCCAUGGGUUACGAUUUGGGUGAAGCCGAGUUUGCCCGCAUUAUGACGCUGGUCGAUCCCAAUGGACAAGGCACGGUCACCUUCCAGUCCUUCAUUGACUUCAUGACCAGAGAGACGGCUGACACUGACACCGCAGAGCAGGUCAUCGCCUCUUUCCGAAUCCUGGCUUCUGAUAAGCCAUACAUCCUGGCGGAGGAGCUGCGGCGAGAGCUGCCCCCAGAUCAGGCCCAGUACUGCAUCAAGAGGAUGCCCGCCUACUCGGGCCCGGGCAGCGUGCCUGGUGCCCUGGAUUACACUGCGUUCUCUUCUGCACUUUAUGGAGAGAGUGAUCUUUGAGGCCGCUGGGGCUCUGUAAUCACUGAUCCCAUCAGAACGCAAUAAAAGCUGAAGUCACAGUUUGUUUCCUGGAAAUUUUGACAAGCUUUAUUGAGUUAAGACAGGAAGAAAAAAAAAAAAAAAAAAAGAAUUUUGUAGCUCAGUCAUUGCCAGCAAUGUAACCAGGCUGAAAUGAGGUUUCAACAGUAUGUGACAUAGUAUGCUUCAUAAAUAGGUUUAUUUCUGAAUUUUUAGCUAAAUGUAACGAAAUAUCAGGUUGGUUUGUUUGAUUAAACAAAGCACAUUACUUGAGUAGUAUAAAAUUACUUGAGUAAUAUAAAAUUAGGAAGAGCUAGGGACAGAAGGAAAGUAAAAAAAUGUGAGAAUCUGAAAUACCUAGGGGAAAAAUACCAGGAAAAAAAUCACAAAUUGGUAAACGUUCAAUAUUUUUUUUAAAUGUUCUUUAUAUCUCAUACGCUUAUGUGAUUAUCCCUAGGGGAAUAUAGUUGGGAUUCUAGUUUUUUAUUUUCUUGCUUAUCCAAAGAUUAGCUUGACUUAAAUAUAAGUGGUACUCUCACGUCUUCAGUUGAAUUUAAUAUUGUGAGAUGGAACUGUCAGGGAAUAAAAACAGACUACCCAAAAGAUCUUUGUACUUAAAAUGUUUAAAAUAGAGUUUAUAGCCAUCUCUUCAUUAUUUAGGACUAGACUGUCCAGUUAGUGAGUUUUGAUGCCUUACUUACCCUCCAGAGUAGGGACCCGAGGAAACGUGGAAGUCAGUUUAAUUGCCAGAAAGGAGAAUGGACUAGGUGAAAUGAGCUUUUUAGGAUUAUUUAUUUAUUCCAGGUUCCUGUGGGGUUUUUAGGGCUUAUUAGUACAGGUUCUCAAGAGUAUAUCACUGCUCAGUUUUUAAGUAAACAUGUUUCUAUGGGAGUGGUUCAUGGCAGGAGAUAAGUCAGAAUCUGGUCCUUCUGGCUCUCCAGGCUGGGCUUUACGUCCUUUCUUUUAUGAACUGUUAAGGAGAAGCCAGAGUUAGUGGGAAAGGACUAAUUCACAACAGCAGUCGAGGUAAGUUCUUUCAUUACAGAGCCUUCACCUAUCUUUUAGGAAUUACUAGAUGUUUUUGCUAGCGUGGAGUGUGUGUUCACCAUUGGGAUCGGACGGCACCUGGCUCUGUCGGAGGCUGGCUGUGUCCCUACCUAACGCCCUACUGCGUGACAGGGGACGCUACACGUGCUCCUGUUACUGCAUCAUGAUCUGUUGAAUGUUCAUUCAUUUUUGCUAAUGCCACCGUGUGCUCUGACUCCCCCUCUGUGUUCUUAUCUUGUUGACAGCUUGGAGAGAAUAAAACAGAAUUCUUUUUA